GUAUGUCUUGGGUACAGGAUAGAAGCUGAGAGACCCAAAGGCAGAGAGCGAGAGAGAAAGAGAGAAAAAGGUCGAGAGCCAAAAAGGUGAAGCAAAAGAGUUGAGCUGGAGCUUUCAGGAGCGCCACUGGGACCCCACAUGUCCCUUAAUGUGGGCGGCUGUCUGACCAGCAGGCGGGAGUGGCCUCGCCUUCCAUCAGAAGAGAGCAGAGUCAGAUCAUCCACAUCACACCAAACGCCAGCAUCAGCGUUUUAAAAUGUCGGCUUACUCCACAAAUGGUUCUUAAGUGAAGGGGGGAAGGGAGUGAUCGAGUGGGUGAGUGAGAGAAGUGAGUUAGUUCUCGGACGGCUUCAGAAUUUCUCAUCUGAAGGAUUGUCUCGGCUUCUCAGGUUGCUGCGGCUGAACGGUGGACAAACUGGUUUAUGCUUUCGCUGUGUGUGAGAGUGUGUGAGUGUGUGUGAGAGUGUGUGAGUGUGUGUUGUUCAUCAUGGCCUCAGAGAACGUGACCUUGGAGAAUCAGCUCCACAGUGCUCAGAAGAACCUGCUGUUUCUGCAGCAGGACCACGCCAGCACUCUGAAGGGUCUUCACGCAGAGAUCCACCGACUACAGCAGCACUGCACAGACCUGACAUAUGAGCUGGUCGUCAGGAGUUCAGAUCCAAACGAUAGUGGUGAGGCGCGGUGCAGGGAGCUGCAGCGCCGCUGUGAGGAGCUGGAGGCUCAGCUGAAGGUCAAAGAGCAGGAGAACGCUGAGCUGAUGCGUGAUCUGGAGCAAAAGAACGCCAUGAUCUCCGUGCUGGAGAACACCAUCCGCGAGCGUGAGAAAAAGUACCUGGACGAGCUAAAGCUGAAGAGCCAUCGGCUGGCCGUGCUGUCCGGUGAAUUAGAGCAGAGGGCCAGCACUAUCGCCUACCUCACCUCACAGCUCCACGCCACUAAAAAGAGGCUGCUGGCCGGCGGCUCGUCCGGCGCAAGCCCAGCGGUCAGCCCUAUUGGAUCUUUCAAACCCGCUCCACCCCCUGACCCACCAACCAACGCCUCAGACGGCCGGCAGCCGGACACUCCUCGCAGGCGUAUGCGCAAAAGCCUGUCUCAGCCGCUACACUCCGAAUACACUGAGCUGUACCGGCUCGGGGCGGCGGAGGGGCGGAGGGUCGUCCUGAGAGACGCAGUGGAUGCCAUGCCUGACCCUACUCCGUUCCUGCAGGCUCGAGAGCCGCCCCCAAAUUCAUCAGCUGAGGCGCAGCCAUUGCUACGGGAACGACCCCCAGUAAUCCCGCCUAUUGCGCCCCAAACCAGUCCCUCUGCCCCAUCAAGCCCCGCCCACCUCCCAGCAUCCCCGAGCCCCAGAAGUAGCCCGGUGCGGGACGGGCGGAACCGAGGGUCAGCCCACAUAGGCGUGGCCCACAGGAUCCACCGCUCACCCUCAGCAGGGGGCGGGGCAGCCAGGGCACAGCCAGAGGUGGAGACGCUCGCUGUGGAUCAGGUCAGCGGCGAGAAGGUGGUCCGUAAACGCUCGGGCACCGAUAGGACUGUUUAAGACAUACAUACAGACAUGCCUACACACAUACACACAUACAUACACAUAUGAUACACUGUCAUGCAUCGUCGCUGUUGGGACAAAACCUUGUAUCUCAGCCCUUAACGCCAGCUGACCUUCUCAAGCCUUUAACGCCAGCUGACCUUCUCAGCCCUUAACGCCAGGUGACCUUUACAUUAUAUCAGAAUUUCAUGAUGGAUGGACCCAAAGAAAUGGUCAAAAAUUACUUGCAAUAGAUGAUUUGUACUUUACCUUACUUUAAAAGUUAAGAAAUUUUUUUUUCCUGUUCUCUAAAGUUAUACAAGGUUUUGUACCGACAACAACGAUAUACAGACUCAGUCCAGCGCAGAGUGGGCAGAACUGUUUUAAAGUACUAGUUCAGCCAAAAAUGAAA